GCCCAUUUUCCAAUUACUCACCGCAUUCUCAGUGCUCCUUAACUCUUCGAUCCUUCUCUCAUAUCCCUCACGCUGCUGACAUUACGCCAGCACUCCCACUGUUCACCUCACGCUCGCUGCUCACAUACAAGGCCAAACGCCUUUGUCUCUAUCUUCGUCUGCCUGACAUUUAGUCUCGACACUUUUGCAAUUCAUUGUCCAAGCUUCUUCCUGCACCCUGAACUCUCGAUUCUGACCCCGUAUCGCCUUGCCCACACGCACCCCCACGGAAAACAGCCCGCGACGGCUGUCUCCCACCCUGGUGUCCACAGCGGGUCCAUCACUACAUCAUCGCCCUUCCAUCUCGUCUCAUUGGCCUUCCACACCUUGUUAGGUCUCGAGACCGACAUUUGCCAGACUCGAUUGUUUGGUUUUCUAACCUGACUCUCUUCCUCCUAAUCACCCUCACUCACCUUCGACUGUCGGCCUUGAUCUCCAAGUUUACCUCCCUUUUGUCAUGAGUGCGCCAAAUGGGCACCAUCGUAGACGAAGCUCAUCUCUUGAGCGUCACCGUCAGGAACCAUACUCUGCCCCCAGUGUCUACUACAAUGACGAAGUCCUCCGCCAACAAUUGAUGGGUGCGAGGAACCGAACCUUAUCCUCUUACAUCAAGGCUGCUCCUUUGUCCCAAACCACCCAGGGUGCUUAUCCAGCACGCCGUAUCAGCCAUGAUGAAUACUCUCAGUACCACCAAGAGCUGCUUAUCGACGUAGAGCGAACUCUGAAAGAUUUGAUUGACAGGGAGGACAUUGAUGGCAACCAACAAAUCACCAUUGAGGAUCAAGGUCCCAAGCACAUUUCCUUGGGAACUUUUGCCUCCGCUGGCUACCGCUCCACCGACGUUCGCGGAAACUACAUGAUCAGCAAUUUACUUCAGGAGUUGACAUUGGCACAAGAUCUGGGAAGCAAAGUCGUCAAAAUCCAUCGUUCCCGCCUCAGUGAGAACCCUGUCGACAGACUUUCACGUCGCAUUCGAGAGGAGUUCUGGAACAACCUGACCCGAGCCUUGGACGCCGACCUGAUCGAAAAGGCCGGCAGAGACCCAAAAGACUGGACUGCUGAUCCUCGGCCUCGCAUCUACAUCCCUCACGGCUGCCCAGAGCAGUACGAAUACUACACACAGGUCGCUAAAGAUCGUCCUGAGAUCAGGCUCGACGUUUGUUGGCUGCCACAAGGCGACAUCAGCGCCGAGUAUGUCCGAAGCCUGAACAAUGCCCCUGGAAUUUUGGCUCUGGCCAUGCGCAAAAUAACCAUUGAUGGAAAGGAGACCCUGAAAGGAGAACCAUUUGUCGUUCCCGGUGGUCGUUUCAAUGAGUUGUACGGCUGGGACAGCUAUAUGGAAUCCAUUGGCCUUCUUCAAAAUGACAAGGUCGACAUGGCAAAGUCCAUGGUUUACAACUUCUGCUUCUGCAUUGAGCACUACGGCAAGAUCCUCAAUGCGAACCGAUCCUACUAUCUUACUCGGUCUCAACCACCCUUCCUGACCGACAUGGCGCUCAAGGUCUACGAGAAGAUCAAGCAUGAGGAAGGAGCUCUUGAUUUUUUGCGUUUAGCCAUUCGAGCCGCCAUCAAGGAAUACUAUAACGUGUGGAUGUCUACGCCCCGUUACGACCCGGCAAGCGGUCUCUCUCGUUAUCGCCCCGACGGCUUAGGCGUUCCUCCGGAGACGGAAGCUAGUCACUUCCUUCAUAUUCUUACUCCAUAUGCGGAGAAGCAUGGCAUGUCCUUUGAGGAAUUCGUCCAAGCCUACAACAGCGAUCAGAUAGUUGAGCCUGAGCUCGACGAGUACUUCCUUCACGACCGGGCAGUCCGCGAGUCGGGCCACGACACUUCAUAUCGCCUUGAGGGAUGCGCCGCCAAUUUGGCAACCAUUGACUUGAACUCUCUGUUGUACAAGUAUGAGAUUGACAUCUCGUGGUGCAUUCGUCAAUACUUCAAUGAUCGCCUGGCGAUUCCGCCAGAGUUCCAGACCGCGGCCAAUCGCAAAGAGGGGUUUGAAACUUCUGCGACCUGGGACCGGCGAGCUCGACUUCGCAAGGCUCGGAUUGACAAGUACAUGUGGAACGAAGCCAAGGGCUCCUACUUUGACUAUGACACAGUCAACAAGAAGAGAACCUCUUACGAGACGGCGACAACGUUCUGGGCCAUGUGGGCAGGAUGUGCCUCCCCAAAGCAAGCUGCAUCGCUGGUACAACAUGCACUUCCUCGUUUUGAGUGCUUCGGUGGCCUCGUUUCUGGUACCGAGGAAUCCCGCGGUGAAAUAGGACUUGACCGCCCCAAUCGUCAAUGGGAUUAUCCCUUCGGCUGGGCGCCACAACAGAUGCUCGCAUGGGGUGGCUUCAUCAAGUAUGGCUACAUUGAAGAAGCGCAGAGGAUGGCGUACAAGUGGCUAUACAUGGUGACCAAAGCGUUUGUCGACUUCAACGGCGUGGUGGUCGAAAAGUACAAUGUUACUCGUGAACUCGACCCACACAAAGUCGAAGCUGAGUAUGGUAAUCAAGGAUCGGAUUUCAAGGGCGUACCUCGCGAAGGCUUCGGAUGGGUCAAUGCCAGUUACGUUUAUGGCCUCUCGUGUCUGCCGAUGCAUAUGAGACGGGCCCUCGGCACCCUCACGCCAUACGAGCAGUAUGCCAAAGCGACAGAAAUCAAACUUGGGGCAGACGAAACCAUUGACGAAGGCUCGGAUGAGUCAGUCCCCAAUUCUUCUGACGAGGCUGAGGCGAUCUUUAGUUCGGGCCCGGACUAGGCCGGCAUAUUAGGAUCCGAGAUCACCAGCGGAUACUCGCGGAGAUCUCACACUUUGCUACCUUACAACGUCCCUCGUGCGAUUGAACUUUUUUGAGAUCUUGAACCUGGAACCUGGACCGCGGCUUGUGUUGCGCGAGGCUUGUCAGCCAUGAUCUCAACUUUCGUGACUGUACCUCAUCCCAGAGAUUGUGAUGGGCAACCCAGCGCCUGAGGAACAGACUAGAAGGGAUUUGUCAUGAGUCGAAAGUGGCCAUGACUUUUUUUCCAUGCAUUCAUUCAUCGGAGGUUUCAUGGUGAAAUUCGGAGCGUGGGUGGUAUAUACCUUGGCACUUUUGUAGUGUACAUAUUUUCUCAGACGUAAAGACUCUAGUAGCUAUAGUCCUUUUUUCGAUCCAGAGACAUGAAAGGAUGCCGGCGCAGAUCCAAUAUUUGGUGACUACUUAGAG